GCUAUUUUUAUAUGAGACCCCCAAACAUACGCGCAGCAGUAUAGAGAGGAGAUGCGCGGAAGGCGGAAAACAUGGACGAAAAAGAAAAUGUCGAAGAGGUGUAGGGUUGUUCAUCCUCCCGUCGGAGCACAGGGGCAACACCUCCUGCUGGAGCUGCCCCUGGGAGCCAAGGUCCCCAUCAUCCCGGGAGUCCGCACCACCUUCUACACCACCAACCUCAGCGAGAGGCUGUAUCAGGAUAGUGCCAGCUUCGUGCUCACGGAUCCGAACAGCCAUCAGAUUGACUCUACUUACAACAGCCUGCAUGACCCCAACCUGAAGCAGUUUUUCAACAACAGAAACAGGCAGAGGCUUCUGGUUAAAAGGGGCUUAAUAACACCACACAAGAAAGUUAUCUGCACCCCCAAAGAGUUCAACCAGUACCGGGAGUACCUGACCACAGUGAAACUCGACUGGGAGAAGAGCUAUUUGGAACAGCAGAAGGAGCUGGUGAAGCAGUUCCUCAUCCUCCAGGAGAGGAACGAGAUCCCCCAGGAUGUGUCCGUCUGUGACAUGAGGGAGUGGCUCCUGGAGCAUGGGAGUACCAUGCACCGCGAUGGGGAGAGGGCAGCCAGGAUGCGGCUGCAGUAUGGCAAGCCCAGAGACGAGAGGCCCCUGAGCCACACUCAGUUGACCUGGAGGGUGAAGGAGCGGCUCAUGCUGCAGGAGCUGGAGGUGGAGGCCCGCAGGGAGCUCCGGCUGGAGCGCCGCUGGUCCUACCCCAGGGCAGCAGGAGUUACGACGAAAAUAACAGAGGGGGAUUUGAACAUCCCACCCACCCCAGGACCCUCCCCUGUUUUGAGCCCUUGCACAAGCAUGUUCAGUGGACCACAGGACUGGGAAACAAAGAUCUUCUCAUCCCCAUCUGAAGCAGACAUGAGUUCUCUCUUAGAAUCUCAGUCCUCCUACAGCAAGGUCAAGUCUGAUCUGGAAAUGAAGAGAGUGGCAGAACAUUUCAAACAGACUAUUGCAGCGGAGGAGCUCAGCCCUGUUGCAAAGAACCUAGUGGAGUGGGUGGUGAGGGAAGUGAGCAGCAUUUUAAUUCCUGCCAUCCGGGAGUUUGAGGAGUUAAGGCGGGGGGGGUCCCACACACGGAGCAACACCAGCUGUUCAGAAGCCACCGAUCUGGGUGGAGCAGAGAGCAGCAGUUCUGUUCUUCAGAGUUGGUUGUACCCCUCACCUCUUACUUCUGGGAGGACCUCUGAUGCGUCCCCAUCAGUCAGUAUAAGUAGCCCGGAGACAGGCCAGGAUUCCCCCAGGGAGAUUAAACCUCAAAGCGGUGCCUCUGCUACCCCAACAGAGGAAGACAUGAGGCUCAUGACACCAGAGACUAACUUUUUGGCCCUCCCCUCUCCAUCACUAAUCAAGAAGGCGGAGAGCAUUGUGUGGGAUAUAUUUAACAAAGCAGUGGACAUUGUCAGUUGUCUCCAGCCCGAGGCCAAAACUGAAGAAAUGACUCCACUCUCCCAUGACAAGGCCUUUAUCCAAAAGGCGAAGAGCAUUGUGUGGCAUGUGGUUUGCAGGGCAGCGGAGGAGGUGAAAUCACAGGCUGCAGGGGCAGACGUGCAGGUGGCACCCUGUCGUGGACCAGGGUCCCUUAUCAGUAGCUCCAGAAGCAGCCUUUAUUCUCAUAACAUUGUGGACACCGUCCUUGAAAGAGUGAAAUCCAGUCUUGAGAAAACAUCUGCAUUGCCAGAUAAGAAGGUAGAUGGUGAAGCCUCAGGCUCCCAGGAUUGCCAGCCUUCCAACCUGACUUCACACUGUAUCUCUGUAGGAGGUCAGCCCUUUGUGAGCAGUUUUGGGGAGUCCAGCUCCACCUGUAGGCUUCUGGGAGGGCACCCAUUGGAGAUGAGAUCUCAGGUACCAAAAGUGGAAAAUGAUGAGCUGGACGCAGACCUAGAGGUCUUUGCCCAUGAGAUAAUUUCCUUGAUCCUGAAAAAGAUUAAUACAGAAACAGAAGAAGAAAAGGAUGUCAAAACAGAGGUAAAAUCACCACCCUCUGAAAUCCAGCUACAGACUGCUCCCAAAUUAGGAGGCAAGAAGAAACAGAAAUCUGAUUUUAAGCCAUCUUCCGAAAGUGCAAUAUGUGAUAGCACAGACAUAAACCUCCUAAGCAUACAGGUUGUCAGUGCCAUAUUCCAGGAAAUUAAGUGCCAGAUGGAUGAAGAAGAUCUCCUGAAAUUUUUGUCAGGGGAAAAGCAAUCUAAAGAAAGUCUUCAGGCCCGUGAGAUUGUGACAUCUGUCCUGGCUCAGCUGAAAAACAGAGAUUCUUGGGACAAAGCCUCAAAGACCUCAGUGAUUAUGAUGAAGAGUGGGAAAGCACCUUCUAAGACUGUCGUCCAACAAGCGAGUACUGUGCAGUCCCAUAUAGACUUAUCCAGCAAUGAAGGUGUGGCAGAGAUGUUUGACAUUUUUAAAUCAAAAUUCCGAAGAGCAGUGGUUCAGCCAGUUUGUGACAUUAUUGAAAAAGCAGCUGCCAAAUUUAUACGCCUUAAAUCCACCUUGUCUCCUCUUGAUGUUGGGAGGAGCAGAGAAUCUAAGGAAACUGGGUUACAGAGCCAUUGUGAUGAAGAUAAAUUGUCAGGCUCAUCUUCUUCUGAAGUAAUUUUAGUGGCAUGGGAUAUUGUGAAUGCUAUUCUUAAGAAACUUGUUGAUGCCUCGGGCUCUGCUGACACUACUUGCUCAAAAGAAAGUGAGUUUAAACUCAGAACAUUUGUCCAAGCAAUGUCCCUGGACAGUGGUUCAGUUGAUACAGUAGCCUCUGGAAUGUCAUUUUCGUUGUCCCAGAUCCAGUUAGUCUCUGGACAGCUUGUAAACACAGUUGUGAGCAAACUAAAAGCCUUUGUAAGCCAAGAUACGUUGUCAUCAUCUAGUUCUUGGAAAUUGUCAUCCAGCAAAAGUCCCUGUUCUGUGGAUUGCCUAGAGCUGAUUUCUGCCUUGACCCCAGGCUCAGCCCCAGCUAGACUCAGUACUCCAGAAACUUAUACUGACAGAAGUCCUUCAACAAGUGCAGGUACUUCUAAUGGCUUGAUUGGAAAUUCAGGACCUUUAGGAAUGCGCCAGGAUGCUCAGGAGAGGCAGUCAAACAGCCAUGUUGAUGUGAAGAAUGUUGUCAGUCAGAUCCUGCGAUCAGUCAAGACUGAGAGAGCCUAUAAAGCCAAACAUGGGAAAGAGGCAACUUUGACAAUUGACCAAGUGUCAACAAUCAUUACAGAAGUCAUGUUUACCAACCUAAUUGAAAGCGUGAAGGACCCUGCCACAGUGGCAUACACAUCCCCCCAGAUCAGAUACACUCUUAGCCCCUGUGACUCCCUUCCAGAGCUGGACAGAUUCCGUGACCCUGUUUCAUCAUCCGUCACAUCGCUCCUUGAUGAGAAGUUUGGGGCCCAGGCUAAGAACCUGAAAACAGCCAAGCAUACAUUUAAGCGUGUCACAGCUCCCACCUUUGAGAAGUUGGUGCUUGAGCCUCAUGGGAAUAAAACAGACGUAGUCGUCCAAAAGGUUGCUGUGGAAGAGUUGAGCUCUGAAAGCCAUGGAAGUGCAAAAGUGAUGAAGGAUGUCAAACCUGUGGUUACUAGGCCCACUGGAAGUGGUCAUGAAGAGGCCCGUGACAGUGCAAGCUUGCAGUCCAGUAGGAACAGCUCCACUUUGACUGAAGACAUCCAACCUUAUUUCUUUGCUGCAAAGAUCUCAACAACCUCAAUUCAGCUUCUAAAAUCAGUUGUGGACAAAUUCGUCAAAAAGCUACUGACAGAGUGCUUUCUCUUCAAUGAGCUUCUAUCAAGUGAGUUAAGGCAGAAGCAGAAGAGCUGUCCUUCAGAUGAGAGGGAGAGGAGGCGACAGGUUUUCAGGCACAAGCUUUCAAGUGGCAGAUCCUUGCCGGCAGAGGAAGACAGACCCCAGAGGCCUGGGGAGUGCGGUUGGCCAGAUUCAGAGGAAUACCACGAGAUACUUGCGGCUUUCUCCAACCUGCUGGUGAAAACUGUGAUGGGAACUCUCAUGCCUGGCAUCACCUAUGAAACCGGGACAACAUGCAUUGAGGAUCAAGGUGGCAGCAAGCAAGCCAGUUCACACAGCUGUAAUAAACGGAACAAGCAUGCGAACAGCAGCCCCAGUAACAACAUGCAGGAAGAGCGAGGCAGAGCCAUUAGAAAGUCUUCCAAAGCUGAUGGCAAACCCACUGAAGUUCAAGGGACGUCUAGAGAUCCUGUAAAGAAUUCAGAUAAAAAAGUAGUGAGGCCCAAAAUAUUCACUGAGGGCUCCUCAGGAGAAAGAAAAACAUCAGACAAGUACCGUUGUACAACAAUCGUGGUACAUCCAAAAACCCCAUCUAAGCCCCCCAAAUAUGAAAAGCCGAAAUGCUCUGCAAAAGAGAGUUCAAAAUCCAUCAAAGGACAAGAAAAAGGAGCAGCAAAGGUAUUGGAACCUGAGAUAGAUACCAAAGCUGACCCAUCAUCUGCCUCUGCAUCCGAGCAAAAUCCGAAAUCUGAGUCUAAGGCUAGUCAGAAUUCUUCUUCUUCAUCUUCCUCAUCCUACAGAUCAGUAGAGUCUUCAGAAGUCAUUAUACUGAACUCUGAAGUAGUGCAAGAUAUUCUGUCCUGUCUGAUGAUGAAAAUUUACUGUGACAAUGUAGGAAAAUCAGACCCUUCAGAUGACAAGGAUCUUCCCUCCACUUCCUCUGUGAGUCAGAUUGCUUUGGAUCUUUCUGACAGUGUCCUGAAAGAAUUGGCAGAAUUCGAGGGGAUAGCCGUAGACAAACAAGCUGGUCAGAAGAAUAUAUUCCACGAAACAAGCACUGUUAACAAGGUCGCCAUCUUUGUGUACAAGGUCUUGUUGUACCAUAUUGGUUUUGACGCAUUGCAGGAAACUGUAGCUUCAAAAAGUGAGGCUGUGGUCCAAAUGAUAGCCAGUUCAAUAGCUAGGAAGGUUUUCAAACUUCAGAAACCAACUGGAAAUGAUUCAGCCCCAUCUCAGUCUGCUUGCAAAAGCAGUGAAUCUAGUGUGGUGUCAACCACUGCCCAAGACCAAAUCAUUAAACUCCCAGCACCCUCCACUUGUGUGUCCAUCAUAGCAUCUGAUAUUGUAGAGGACAUCAUUACCAAGUUGCUCCUCAAAAUAAGCUCUAAUUGCUGGACACAUGAUGAAGAAAAGCAGAACAGAUACAGUUCAGCUCUUAAUGACAUGGCAGCAGGUUUAGUGAAGUCUGUACUGGAGGACCUCUCCCCUGACCAGACAAGAAGUGCAGGCGUGAAAGAGCAAGGCACUGAAAAGAGAGUCCUCCACUCUCAACCUUCCAGUGUGAGAAAAGCCGUCAACUCAGCUCACCAGGACCUAGUGCAACAGAGCGGCUCCUCAGCUUCACUGCAGAAGGCAGUAAAAUCUGGGAGUGAGGAAGUCACCACCGCAAUCAGAGCGGCCGUUGUGAAGCAGAUCUACGAGAUCUUUCUUUCGGGAUGUGACUCCUCAUCCAGCUCAAUCUCUAGCUCUACCUCAUCCAUCCAGUCCCACUCCAGUGAAGAAACCCGCAAAGUUCUCAAGUCUGCAGUGAGUGAUGUUGGGUCCACCAGCAGUGAAAGUUCACCAUCAGUAUCAUCUGUGCUCUCCUGUGAAGAAUUUGAGAUAAAUUGUGAAACGGUGAAGGAAAUUAUAACCAGGCUGCUUCUGGAAAUGCACCCUAACCUGUUCAAAGAAGGAGAGCAGCCCUGCCCGGCUGGGUCCAGCUUGCCUGUUAGCUCCCUCUUUGAUGAUGUAGUGAAGACGCUGUCAACUGUUCCGGGGGUGAAGAUCACCCAGCAUAAAGAAGGAAGCAGUUGUUACAAACCACUCAACAUUACAAGAAUUGUGCAAUCUGUUCUUCAGCAACUGGUGCAGAAAUCUGGCUCCAAGCUGAUUCUCCAAUUUGGAGUAGCAUCCAAGAAUAAGUCAGUCUACAAAGACAUUGUUCAGUUUGUGGUCAAUGAGAUAAUAAAAAGGAAAACAGACAUGUGCGCGAUUGUGCCCCCUGCUUUUGUCCCCGAAAAGGACUCCCAGUCUACUGAUAGGGAUUUGACUUCAUCGCCCAGUGAACAGGAGAAUGUGAAUGGAACAGUUCCCUCCCCCACCACUGAGGAUAUUGUCUUGCCAUUUGGAUUGAUUGAGCACAUCAUCGCCAGACUUCUUCUGAAAAUGCACCCUCUUGUAGCACCUCCCCACGACUUCUAUUGGCAUCCAGACUGCCUGACGAAAUCGCAGCUCUGCGAGAUUGCCCUGGACCUGACUGAGAAGACACAGACUGAGUUGUCCCAGAUGCAAGGAGUGUCUAUUGGAAGUGAAGAGGGAGAAGAGAAUGGCUUUCCUCGACUUUCUGUAAUUAAAGAGGUAGUGAAUUUCAUUCACAGGGAAAUGCUUGAGACUAUUGGCUCCAAGCCUGAUCUCCAGAAAGCAGUUGCAACCAGAAGUCAGUCAGUACUCAACAAAAUACCCACCUCUGUUAUCCGUGAAUUAUUGAAACUAUACAGUUCAGUUAGUGUCCAUUACAGUCCAUUACCCCAUGAGUCUCACAAGAUCAUCAGCACUGCUCCGAGGCACUCAGGUACAGCCUGCAAGCAAGGGGCAGAAGAUUAUGCCAUGACUUUCUUGAAGCGUCAGCAAGCAAUCCUUCUUGGUUCAAUAAAACCUGGAAGUUUUCUUCUGCCUCAAGACAGAUUAGAACUAUGCAAGGUGGAUCCCUUUGCUUCCAUAAGACCCAGGAUAAACAUGUCUCUUGCAGCCUCAUAUCAAAUGUUUUUUGUGCCUGAACAUUUCAUAAGAGACAUUCUGAACAUUUUGCUGUGGAAACUGUGCCCUAUUAUGCCAGUCAAUGAUAAGGAACUCAUCUCUAAGCGGAAUGAACUGGAAGAUACACUGCUAAGAUCAGUGAUGAAGGACAUUGCGUUAUCAGAGGGAAGAGACAAUGUCUUUAGCCACUUCAACACAAGAAUGAACCAAAAGGCAGAGGAGCGAAUGGUCCAUAAGAUAGCAGAUUCAGUCUACCAUGAGCUCACACAGGGCUCCCAGAAACAAGGUAUUUUCUCGGUUGAUACAAUCUAUGAGAGCAAGGCCAAGCACCAGAAGGUCUCCAGGAUUGUGACCAAGAAAUUGCUUUUGUGUGGCAAAUCUGUUCAUCCUAUCAAUGAGACUAGACCUGCCUUCAGCAUCCAACAGAUUGGAGAGAUUUCAAAAAAGGUGGACCAGCUGGUCCCUGUUGAUACUGACAACAAGAUUUCCCUCAGUGAGGCGUUUGAGAAAAUCAUGGCCAGCCUCCCACAGGAACCUGACACUGCAGCACCUAUCAGUCCCCCGGAGGCCCCGGACAGUGAGGGACAGGAAGACACACAGGCUGCAGGGCUGGAUGAAACACCCCAUGAUGUACAGAUACAAACAGAGACACAGCUUGCAAUUGCAGAUGAAGUCAAUGAAGAUGCAGACUCUGGGGAGCAAUCUGACGAACCCCCAAUAGAAGUUGCCCUGCAAACUCAGAGAAAGAAAUCGAAGAGCCGCGUCCGACGUUUUUUCUCCAGAAUCAGAAAGGCGGUGUGCGGAAUGUGCUGCGUCAAAAACCGCUCUGACUAAUCAAUCAAAAAAACACAAAAAAAUGGAUUUAAAAAUAUUUUAAAAAAUGAUAAAUGAGCUACAUAUGUUUUUGCCCUCAUUUUCUUCCGUAAUUUAUACUCCCUCCAUUAUUUAGCUGUUCCAAAUCAAAUUUAUCUGCCCCCUCCAAAUUACACCACAUGGUUUAACUAAAAUCCCCAGAUGUUCCCCUAUUGCAUCCCCAGCCCAGACAUUUCUCCUACAAUGAACUUUUUGGCCAGCACAGCUGGUACCAAAAAUGUCAGCUCCCAGGAGGAUGGGGGUCAGCUCAGACGACCUCCUCCCCACCUCACCGGGCACCUGGUCAGGAGGAGUUGGUGUGGUGCUGUGGGGCUCCAUUUACCCUGGCCUUGUCUGUCUCAACCCAGGGUCACCAACUGUACCUUUACUUUACCGCAAGGGAAGACUACUGUUUAAUGAUAAGUUUAAUCAAUAAAGAUUUUCAUUAUCAA